AGCAGGUUGUUUUGGUAUAAAUAUGUUUUCAGAGUGUUGGACGUAAUUAAAAUCAGGUUUUCAUCUUUAGAAUUCUCAAUCAGAAGCAUGAUUAAAGAGCUUGCUUUAAUAUUUCUGUAUGUUCAAAUCGCGCCAUUUAAAAAGUUCGCCGUUUUCGGAUAGCCGCUUUUCAUGUAUAUUCGCUCACUUAGAAGUUAAGCCGACUGUUUCUAUUGAAUGAAAAGAUUUUCAACACAAAACAUCAGACAUGAGACAGAUUCUUUUGUUGGGUUUGUGUUUGGCAGUAGUGCGUGGUGUGACUGUAAGCAACUCUUCGUGCGGCAGCAGUUACUUACUAAAUGGGCUGAAUGAUGAGAUGGCCCUAAAAUAUGACGGCGGUCAGUUACCACAAAGGUGCUCUGUUGCCAUUUCAACUUCUCAGCCGGGGGCCUAUCUAUGCUUUGAUGAGAAUUUCGAAAACAUUUCGAAAACUCUACACUGUCAUACAAAGUAGAGUACCAUGAAAGGCUUGAAACCGACUAUGGGGCAGAUAAGAUAAUAGAUAGAGUUUCUGACACAUCAGAAUGGUGCGUUUCGUCAACAAAAGUAUUUGUGGUGUUUGUGUCUGGAAGAGGAUCCUCAGAUUAUCUACCAGAGAUUGAGAUCAAGAUUAAAGUCAAACGUUAUCUUAACGUGACUGUAAGCAACUCUUCAUGCGGCAGCAGUUACUCACUUAACGAGCUGAAUGAUGAGAUGACCCUAAAAUAUGACGGCGGUCAGUUGCCACAAAGGUGCUCUGUUGCUAUUUCAACUUCUCAGCCGGGGACCAAUCUGUGCUUUGAUGCGAAGUUCGAAAAUGUUUACUAUGCACUCUACUCGACACUGUCAUACACAGUAGAGUACCAUGACAGGCUUGUAACCGACUAUGGGGCUGAUAAGAUAAUAGAUAGAGUUUCUGACACAUCAGAACGGUGCGUUUCGUCAUCAAAAGUAUUUGUGGUGUUUGUGUCUGGAAGAGGAUCCACAGAUUAUCCACCAGAGAUUGAGAUCAAGAUUAAAGUCAAACGUUUUCUUAACGUGACUGUAAGCAACUCUUCAUGCGGCAGCAGUUACUCACUUAACGGGCUGAAUGAUGAGAUGACCCUAAAAUAUGACGGCGGUCAGUUGCCACAAAGGUGCUCUGUUGCUAUUUCAACUUCUCAGCCGGGGGCCAAUCUGUGCUUUGAUGCGAAGUUCGAAAAUGUUUACUAUGCACUCUACUCGAUACUGUCAUACACAGUAGAGUACCAUGACAGGCUUGUAACCGACUAUGGGGCUGAUAAGAUAAUAGAUAGAGUUUCUGACACAUCAGAAUGGUGCGUUUCGUCAUCAAAAGUAUUUGUGGUGUUUGUGUCUGGAAGAGGAUCCACAGAUUAUCCACCAGAGAUUGAGAUCAAGAUUAAAGUCAAACGUUAUCUUAACGUGACUGUAAGCAACUCUUCAUGCGGCAGCAGUUACUCACUUAACGGGCUGAAUGAUGAGAUGACCCUAAAAUAUGACGGCGGUCAGUUGCCACAAAAGUGCUCUGUUGCUAUUUCAACUUCUCAGCCGGGGGCCAAUAUGUGCUUUGAUGCGAAGUUCGAAAAUGUUUACUCUGCACUCUACUCUACACUGUCAUACACAGUAGAGUACCAUGACAGGCUUGUAACCGACUAUCGGGCUGAUAAGAUAAUAGAUAGAGUUUCUGACACAUCAGAAUGGUGCGUUUCGUCAUCAAAAGUAUUUGUGGUGUUUGUGUCUGGAAGAGGAUCCACAGAUUAUCCACCAGAGAUUGAGAUCAAGAUUAAAGUCAAACGUUAUCUUAACGUGAUUGUAAGCAACUCUUCAUGCGGCAGCAGUUACUCACUUAACGGGCUGAAUGAUGGGAUGACUCUAAAAUAUGACGGCGGUCAGUUGCCACAAAGGUGCUCUGUUGCUAUUUUAACUUCUCAGCCGGGGGCCAAUCUGUGCUUUGAUGCGAAGUUCGAAAAUGUUUACUAUGCACUCUUCUCUACACUUUCAUACACAGUAGAGUACCAUGACAGGCUUGUAACCGACUAUCGGGCUGAUAAGACAAUAAAUAGUAUUUGGGACACAUCAGAAUGGUGCGUUUUGUCAUCAAAAGUAUUUGUGGUGUUUGUGUCUGAAAGAGGAUCCUCAGAUUAUCAAUCAGAGAUUGAGAUCAAGAUUAAAGUCAAAGACAACGUCAUCAGCAGAACAACGCCGAUUCAAACAAUAACAACAACAACAGCAGUGACUGUAAGCAGCUCUUCAUGCGACAGCAGUUACCCACUUAACGGGCUGAAUGAUGAGAUGACCCUACAAUAUAACGGACGUCAGUUACCACAAGGGUGCUCUGUAACAAUUUCUACUUCUCAGCCGGGCGCCAAUCUGUGCUUUAAAGUGAAGUUCGACAAUACUUACUUGACCCUGUCAUACAAAGUAGAGUACCAUAAAUGGCUGGUAACCGAAUAUGCAGAUAAGACAAUAGAUAGUAUUUCGGACACAUCAGAAUGGUGCGUUUUGUCAUCAAAAGUAUUUGUGGUGUUUGUGUCUGCGGGAGGAUCAUCUUUUCAACCAAACAUUGAGAUCAAGAUUAAAGUCACAGACAGCGGUUUGUCAAGUGUCAUUGGAUCGGCGGUCGGCUGGGUGGUCGGGGUGGUCGGGGUGGUGGUAGGUGUGGCCUGUGUUGGUGGCGUCAUUAUCGGUGUCAAACGCCAUGUGUGCUGGCGAGGUCAAGUAGUUCCUCACCCACCUACCACAACGGCCCCGACGCCAGUUCAGUUAAUGAUCAUGAGCGCUCCGACUCCAGCUGUGUACCAAGGCUAUCCUCAACCUUCACAGACCGGAUACCAACCACAACAAGGCUAUCAUCCACCUUCACAGACCGGAUACCAACUACAGCAAGGCUUUCCACAAACUUCACCAGCUGGUUACCAGCCUUAUCGGGCUGGAUACCAACCUGGUGGGUACCAACAACAGACUAGUUAUCCACCGGCUACAAAGGCAGGGUACACGCGAGAUCAGACUGGUUACCCACACGAACCUCAGAGAGGUUAUGCCGGAAAACAACAGUCUGCUUCACCAUCUUACUCACCAUCAGUGCCGCCAGCACCCUCGGUGCCACCACAGCCCUCAGUGCCGCCAGAACCCUCGGUGCCACCACAGCCCUCAGUGCCGCCACCACCAUAUUCUCCUUAAACGUCAUGAAGUCAUCAGUUAUGAAGCCCACAUUUGGACAUAAAUCUUCAUUUUUGUCGUGUUUGAUAUCUUUGAUAACAUGUUUCAAGUAGUACACAGUUCUUUUUAUUUAUCCAAGUAUAAUCGCGAUCUUUUCGCACAUUAUUAUUUACCCCUCAUACCCAUGGAGUUUUUGAUAUUUUGUAAUACUUUUGCAUUUUCAGUCUAAUCGUGAUUCGUAUAAUUGUUUAUUUUUACACAAAUAAUGAAGUCCAAAAGGUAAAAGAGUUUGUUAGUUAAAUACCAUUAUUUCUUAUAAUCGCGUUUAUACGUUUUUGUAAGAUAUAGAAGUUUUGUUGAUGUCAAAUAAUGAAGUAAAGUCAUUUUACAAAUCUAUAACCAAUUAUGUUAAUGUAUUUAUAUAGAAAUCUUAUUGCAUGCAGUUUACUCAGUACUCAUUUUAAUGUGCUUGUGCUAUGAAUCUGAUAGUUGCUUAUUCAUUGUUUUAUAAUGCAUUUUUGUUAAAACCCCCAAAAUGGGAAGGUAUGCUGGAGUCUACAUAUUGAUAUGUGGUAAAUUUUGUAUUGUUGUCAUUCGAGCACUUUUGUCAACGUUGGUUAAGAUUGAGAUGAAAACUUCUCAUGCUUCAUAAAAACUAAAGUUAUAGUGAUUUUUUGUUUAUUAAAUGAAUUGUAUGACCCUAUUCUUAUAUCUAGGGCAAACGUUUGCGAUUGAAUUUCUUAUUUUUGUCAAAUUAACAAAUUGUUUGUUAUAUUAUAAUAUUGAUGUACACAAUUAACUUUGAGCCAA